AUGCGACCUCAAACACUCCGAAGCUUGCAAGCACCCCUCCGGCAACUCACCCUCGCUAAGCCUGCAGGUCCUGCUCGGCAUUACUCUAUAUUUACGCGCAAGACACCCGGCCCAGCAAGUUCCAAAACACUACGCGCUGCUCCAACCUUGCCAUUCCUCGGUGCGCUAUUCGGCUCAAGCAGCAGUUCCAAAGAUACAACCGAGAACAUGUCAUACCCGGACAACCGUAGUGAUGAGCAAUGGAGAACGGUUCUGAAUCCCGAACAGUUUCGGAUUCUCCGUGAGAAGGGCACCGAGCCCGCUGGUACCGGCGAAUAUGACAAGCAUUAUCCCUCGAAAGGCGUCUAUAACUGCGCCGGCUGCGAUGCGCCUCUGUACACAGCCGAUCACAAAUUCAAGUCUGGCUGUGGCUGGCCCGCUUACUUCGAUUCGAUUCCCGGUGCCGUUAAGAGACAUGUCGAUAACACCUUUGGCAUGAAGCGGACUGAGAUUGUUUGUAACAACUGCGGCGGUCACCUUGGACACGUUUUCGAGGGAGAGGGGUUCCCGACGCCGACCGAUGAGCGACACUGUGUUAACAGUAUCAGUUUGCGCUUUUCAGAGGACGCAGAUCCUAAGGUCAAGUCCAAGGCGUAA